AUGUCUGGCCUACCUAGCAACAAUUGGGUGGAUCACCAUUCUGCAGUACGUCCUCACUGGAGAAAGAGAGAAAAGUACGUUCCAAAAGAUUUGGAAGUUGGAUUCCCUGGUCAAACAUACGAGGGGUACUAUGAAUGGUUCAUGAUGAAUACUGUCAAGCUUAUAUCCAAUCCCAAAAAUUAUGAAGCUAAAGGAUAUGAGACUUCUUCGAGCCGAGUGAAAUUAUAUGGUGAAGUAUUGAACAACAUUCACAUGAGUUCGGAGCAGUUUAGAGAUGAUAGAGAUAAGAAGAAUCUCCUAGACGAUCAACUCGAGGAGCCUUUGAACGAAAUCAUUGAUCAAACAUAUGAUGCUUUAACCUUGGGCCCAAAUGAUGAGAUUGACAUGGAUGAUACUCAAAUCCUAGUUGAUGACGAACCAUCUCUGUCCUCACAACCUGCGCCGGGUAAAAAAUCGAAACCGUGCCCGAGAGAGAAGAUUGGAGGAGGAAGAAAGCGAAAAAUAGUGAUUCCCUUUCGGUCAUUGCAAGAACAAAAUGAGGGUGAUGGUUCAGGAAAUCAACAACGAGAGGGCGAGAAGACUUCUUCUAGAGGCUCGCAUAUCCAGGUCCAGACUCAAUUUGAAGACAUUGUUAGACCUGAGGCUCAAUUUGGUGGAGAGUCACAACCACAGUCGGGAGUCCUAUUUCUCACCAUGGGAGAGUCCCAAUCCCAACCCCAACCCCAACCCCAACCGCGUCAACAAUAG